UCGACAUUAAUUCCUAACCUUAGCGUUUAGUGUCGAUGAAAUGGGAACGAGAUUAAAUUUGUUUUCGAUUGGUGUCGCCCGCGUUUUCGGUUAACUUGCUAGCGUCAUUCGGUCGGAUCGCCGCGUCCCGACGGCAACUGUGCGCGUUUUCCGCAUUGAAAGUUUCAUUUCCGAACAUAUGUAGUAUACAGAAGAACUGUUUUCUGCUCUACAAUGUCUAAUUCGUUGUGCAAAACAUCGGUGCUCCGUAUCUACCAGGAGGUGAUCGAGGACGUGAUAUCGGGGGUGCGCGAGCUUUUCGUCGAGGAAGGCGUCGACGAACAGGUGCUGCAGGAACUGAAGCAGACAUGGGAGACGAAACUUAUGGGCACCAAGGCAGUGCAGAACGAGCACGAAGAGAAACCCAAGAAAUCCGAACCGCUGACGUCGACCAACGGUUUUCCCAAGCAGCAACCUCAACAGGCUCAACCGAUGCAGUCGCAUCAACCGACCCAGUCUCACGUCGCCGUACCCGUGCAACACAUCGUCGAGUCUAAAAUGGUGCCCAUUCAGAUAACCUUACCUCCGCAGCCCGGUACUGACGGAGGCCAGAGGGUUUUAACUAUACAGGUGCCGGCCAGCGCACUUCAAGGAAAUCAGCUGCAAAAAGUGUUGACGGGGCCCGUUAUAACCGCUACGAUGGGCCUGCCGGCAAACAUAGCUUCUUCGUUGCUGCAGCAGCACGUGAACGCGGCUUUCAGCAGCCAGCAGCAGUCCGUCACCCUCUUAAACAAGAAUAUCAUACAGACGGACGGUGCCUUAACCUUCGAAGAAGGGGAACAAGAGCAAAACGCCAAAGAGAAGGUGAAGAAAAGGAAACGGAUACGGAAGCGAAAGGCCCAAGUCCGACAGGUGGACGGAUCUAUGGACACUUCGGACGAAGACGAAGAACCAUCAGAUAACGACGACGAAGACGACUUGGACGACGAAAAGGACGAGGACGAUCACGAGUUGGACGACGAGGGCGGCGAGGAGGAGCCUUUAAAUUCCGAAGAUGACGUUUCGGACGACGACCCUUCGGAUUUGUUCGAUACCGAUAACAUAGUGGUAUGCCAGUACGAUAAGAUAAUCCGGAACAGGAAUAAGUGGAAGUUCUACUUGAAGGACGGUAUCAUGAGUUUGAACGGUUUGGACUAUGUCUUCCAGAAAGCGAAUGGUGACGCGGAAUGGUGAAUGGUGAACCGAUCCCCCCCCCCUGCAAGGUGUGUGUUGUGAAUAAUAUUUCCUGUAAUUUUAUAUUGAUAAUAUAAUUAUUCAUAUUUAGGAGUGA